GUAAAACAUAACAUAAAGGAAUGCUUUGCCUGCACCCACACACUCAGUCCACACCGCACCGUAGAAAACUCUCUCUCUCUCUCUCUCUCUCUAAUCCCUUCCCUCCCGUUAGGGUUUCCUUCCCUCGCAUCUCGAUUUCGCAACCUCAUCGCCCAAUUCUCCAUGGAGGGUGCUGUGGUGGAAGAGAAUAAUAUUGUUAAUGAUGAUAACACUACUAAUAAGUCUGAGGCGCAUUUGACUUCCGCCGCUGCUUUUGUGGAGGGUGGGAUUCAGGACGCGUGUGAUGAUGCUUGCAGCAUAUGCCUUGAAGCUUUCUGUGACAGUGAUCCUUCCACGGUGACUAGUUGCAAGCAUGAGUUUCAUCUUCAGUGCAUUCUGGAAUGGUGUCAGAGAAGCUCUCAGUGUCCCAUGUGUUGGCAACCUAUCAGUCUCAAAGAUCCAACAAGCCAAGAACUGCUUGAGGCAGUGGAAAGAGAGAGAAACUUUAGGUUCAAUCCAUCUAGAAAUGCCACGAUAUUUCAUCAUCCAGCACUGGGGGAUUUUGAGUUACAACAUUUGCCAGUUGGAGCUAGUGACGCAGAUCUUGAAGAGCGUAUAAUCCAACACUUAGCUGCUGCAGCAGCAAUGGGAAGAGCACGCCACAUUGCUAGAAGGGAAGGCCAGAGAAACAGGUCAUCAGCUCAAGGUCGCCCACAUUUUUUGGUUUUUUCAACUCAUCCUAAUUCACCUCCCAGGGCUCCUGCUUCUUCCUCUCCAUCUCAGAGGGGGGAUGAUGAACAACCGACUCCAACAAUUGCUGUUGCGAAUAUGUCUCCAACUCCUGCAACUGGAGAAGAAUCAUCACAGCUGACUUUAGUUCCUUCUGUUCAAGUAGAUCAGGUUUCAGGGUCUGGAUCUGGAUCUACUGCUCUUGCUACAGAUCAUCAGGGAUCAUCUUACAACAAUAGGAGAUCUCCUAAUCAGUCAUCUCCAAGUAGCCAAGACAGAGCAGGGCCAUCAGAAUUCCAGUCAUUUUCAGAAUCUCUGAAAUCUAAACUGAGUGCUGUGUCAACAAGAUACAAGGAGUCAAUUUCCAAGAGUACAAGAGGGUGGAAGGAGAGAUGGUUCUCCCGUAACCCCUCCAUGUCUGAUAUUGGAUCUGAAGUUAGGCGAGAAGUUAAUGCAGGGAUUGCAACUAUGUCACGCAUGAUGGAACGUCUGGAGACCAGAGAGGGUAAUAGAAACAACAACAGUUCAGCUCCAACUAAUUUAGAGGAUGGUUCAGUUCAGGGAUCCAAUGAUCAGCCUUUAACAGGCACAGAAGGGGAAGGUCUUUUGAGAGACAAUAACACAAAAGCUUCUUGCGCAGCAGGUUCUAGUUCAAAUUAAGCAUAUAGAAGGAAUUGCAUGAACUCUGAGAUUUGUUUUGUUCAGAAGGUAGAAAUAGAAUUGCCCAUUUGGGGGAUGUGAAAUUCCAUGGAUGUGAUGCAUUGCCAAUUGGCUGGAGCAAGCCAGGCAAGUGAUUAUCCAUUGGCCUGCAGAAGAAGACCAACAAUUGUGAUAUUGGAAAUAAAGAACUUGAAAGGCAGCAAUGGUCUCUUUCGUUUGAAACUUAAACUUAGGAACCUAUAUAUGAUUGUAUAUUCACAUUGUAAACUUAUUUAUAGAUAUCCCUCAGAUAAAGUACUCUGUUUCUUCUACUUCUGGACAUAUAACACUUUUUAAACUUAAACGUUAAUUGGGGUAAUAACUCAUUGUCUGAAAACACUGUUCGAUUGUGAAACA